AGUGUGGCUGUCGGAAGUUGGGAAGCAGCCGAGAGCUCAGAUCAAUCGCUUCAUUUGGCGGUAUCGACGGGGAAUUCGUAUGCUGAGAAGGGAAAUGAAAACAAGAACCUCUCCUCUACUCCAUGUUCAUGUUGAUGAAACAACCCCUGUUCAUGUUCAUGUUAAGAAGAGUCCAAAACAAGCAAAGAAGGUCCAGCAGAAACUGAAAGGAGCACUUGAAUGUGGCAACCUGAGACCAGUCAGCAAGGUAAAGACCAAGGUGCCAUGGAUUCCACCAGGCAAAACAUCAGUAAGAGAACUUGGCUACAAAUGGGAGGGUCCAACUCAUCGACUGGAAAUAACACCUAUUAACACUGAGAAAUUCAACUCAACACUUCACCUGAGUGACCUCUCCACAGAUGAUGAGGAAGCGAUACAUGGGAAGAUGAAUCAGUAUGAGAAGAAAAUCAACUGUCUUAUGAAGCAAAUGGGAUCAUUAAAAAAUGAGGUUGAAUUGAGAAAGAAAAAUCAAUUGCUGGAACAGCGAGAGGAGGAGCUGAAUCUAUCCAAGCGGUUGAUUGAAGAGAAAGAGGAGGAAUUAGCUGAAAUCACUAAGGAGCUAGUUCUUACUGAGCAUAAGAAUGAGUUACUACAAAGGGACAUUGAAAUGAUGAAAGAGGAUCCAGAAAAUUCCUGCUCAGAAAAAAGGCUGUGGCGAAAAGACGACACGCUGUUGAAAAAGCUGAUGGAGGUUGAAAUGGAUGGAGCUGCUGCAGCCAAGCAGGUUGCAUCUCUGCGAAAUACCAUCAGUAAGCUGGGCACAGAGAAGCAAAUGUCAACAUCAGAGUGUAACUUGCUAUCACGGCAGAAGGAAUUGUUAAUGCAGAAAUUGGAGACCUUUGAUGCAUCAAAUCGAACUGUUCGGGAUCUACUUAAGGAACAGCAUGCACAGGAGACUGAUGCUUUGAGAUUGUUUGAUCUAAAAGAAGUCUUACUUGAAAAACUGACCCGGUCAGAAGCAGAAAAUGCGCACUUGCUAGUGAAGAUGCAGGAAAUUGAAAAUCAGACUGACCAGCUUCUUGCUCAGUAUCAAACAGAAAAAGACAAUGCUCGUGCAGCAGCAGAACUUUCCAAAUCACUUGAAAGCACUAGAGCCCAUCUGCAGGGACAGCUGCGCAGUAAAGAGGCAGAGAACAAUCGGUUGGCUGUUCAGAUAAGGAAUUUUGAGCGUACCAUUUCGCAACAAAAAGGUCAAUUGGACUACUUAACAGAGCAAUUAAAGCAGCUUCAGCAGAAAGGGGACAGAGACAAAGAGGCCUUGAAGAAAGCCACGAAGGCUCAGAAACAGCGAGCUGAACGCAGUGAAGAUGCCAUUGAGCUGCUCAAUGCCCAACUUGGUGACAAGGAAACACAGUUGGCAGAUGCGCUAUCAUCAGCUGAGAAAUGGAGAAGUUCCCAUAACAAGGUGAUGAAAGAAAAGAGUCAAUUGGAGAUGGAGGUCUCAAUUUUGAACAACCGUAUUGCUGAUCUACUGGAUCAAACACAUCACGUGGAGGAUAAGGCUCGAGGAGACCUGGAAUCACUAAUGGACAGACUCCACAAGAUGUCUUCAGAGAGCUCCUCUGUCAAGCUGGAAAACGAGACAAUGAAGGCAAAUAUGAAUGCAUUGGAGGAAAAAUUUGCAUUUGCUCAGACUGAAAUACAACACCUAAAAGUCUCUAUCAAGCACUAUGAAGGGCUGGUGGAUAGUUAUAAAUCUCAGGUGAUGAAGACACGGAUGGAGGCAGAUGAAUACAACAUGAAGCUGGAGAAGGCAGAGAGGGAGAACAAGUUACUGAAAGAUGAGGUUAAUAAAGAAAUUGAACAGGUGCGUAGACAAAUGCAAAAAAAACUGAGUGAUCUGGAACCUAUUCCUGAGUUGUUGAAGUUAACUGAACAUAAACUGCAGGACUGCCAGCAGCAGCUGGUCAUGUAUGAGAAGAAAAAUGUAGAUCAGGCUUCCAUUAUACGUGAUCUCAAGAUGGAGAUUGAGGAACUAGGUGGAAGGUCAAGAGAGAAGUGUCACAGUAUACAAGAAGAAAAUCAUAAUUUAAAGCUGAAAUUGGAAACUUUGGAAAGGAAAUUGGAAGAUGUCAAUACACAAAAUCGGGAACUGACACUGGUAGUGGUACAAAGGGAAGAGACGAUUCACCACAAUCAGCAGCGAUUGGAGGAGAAAUCCCGGGAGUGCAGCAGCCUCGCUCGACAGUUGGAGACUGCUAUUGAAGAUGCCAGGCGCCAGGUGGACCAGACCAGGGAGAGAGCCGCAUCAAAGGAGCGGACUGCACAGGGCAAAAUACUGGAUCUUGAAGCUCAGCUGAGCAGAACAAAAACAGAAUUGACUCAGCUGAGGCGGAGCAAAGAUGAUGCUGAGAGGCGUUUCCAGAGCCGUUUAGAAGAUUUAAAGGAUCGCCUGGAACAGUCUGAAUGCACCAACCGCAGCAUGCAUAAUUAUGUCCAGUUCCUAAAAUCCUCGUAUGCCAAUGUGUUUGGCGAAUCUGCAUUAACAAGUUCUCCAGUUUAAAUACCAUAGCCCGUGAGGAUGACUGUGAUAUCAAAAAAAAUCAUCUUGCUGAAUUGUGCUUUUCAGGGAGCACGCAUAUCAAAACUAUACAAAAAGGACUCUAUGUCAGAGAAAUCACCCGGACCCUGUAGUCAGAUUGAUCUUAAGAGAAUUUUCCAAAAACAAUUCCUGACUUGUAUGGUGCUAGAUUUGUGAACCAAUCUGGAGCAGGCUAGUUAUCAGUAACUGAAAAUGUCAAAAUGUUUUAGAAUCCUGUUUCCUUGCUGAUAAAUUAGUGCACACAGGGAUAACAGUAUCGCUUGUCUUGCAUUUGUUGAUUAAGAUCUACAGUAUUCAUUUUGAUUCGCAGCAUACUUGCACAGAAAAAUUGCACAAACUUCCUUUCCUUGAUGAAGUGCGUUUUAUAGCAGCUCCCACAAAUAUAAUGCGCUGCAGAGGAGGUCUAGAACAUUGUGAGGAGGAAUGUUUCAUAAUUCUUUGGCAUGUUCUCUAAAUGUUCCUCACUCUAACAUAAUGCUUGGAAAUCUUAUUAUCCAGGUCUCUGUGAACUGCUCCUUUGUCAUUUAUGUUCCUCCACUCAAACCAUUGCAUGAAUGGUGUACCAUCGGAUUGGACUACAAUUACAUUUGCAGUCCUCUUCCACGUCACCUAAACUCAAGCAGUUUUCCUCAGAUGUUCUUGCAUCCAUUUCUCAAUUCUUCAUUUAUUAUUGAAGCAAAUUGAAAAACAAAUGUCCUAAAACAUUCCUAAUUAUUGGAAUCUAAAAUAUUCCUGUAAUUUUUCUUUAAAAAAUAUUAAUUUCACAAAUGGGUCAUGGAGCAAUAGGGCACAAAGAAACAGCCCCCUUGGCCCAGCUAGACCACGCCAAACUGUUAUUCUACUCAGUUCCAUCGAUCUGCGCCUGGACCAUAGCCCUCCAUACACCUCCCAUCCAUAGUUCAAAGUAAAUUUAUUGUCAAAGUACACGUAUGGCACCAUAUACAAUUUGUUUUCUUGUGGGCAUUCACAGUAAAUACAAAGAAGCACAGUAGAAUCAGUGAAAGACUGUGCACAAAGACGGACAAACAGCUAAUGUGCAAAAGACAAAUUGUGCAAAUACAGAAAGAAAAGAAAGCAAAAUAAUAUUAACGAAUACAUCAGCAAUAAAUACUGAGAUCAUAAGUUGCAUAAGUCCUUGAAAGUGAGUCCAUAGGUGGCUGAAUCAGUUCAGUGUUGAGUGAGUGAAAUUUCUCAUAAAUGUUACAAUUAAAUCUGCAUCCACCACUUCCACUGGCAGUUCAUUCUAAGCAGUGCAAAGUUUUGCUGUGCAUUGAUCUAUGUUAUAUUUGGCCCAUACAGUGCCUCAGCGCCAGCAUAUUUCACUUCGAUAAAAGCACAAAACUGAUGACCAGACUUUUGAGUCUGCAAUUAAGCAAUUUCAAUUUUUUGGAUCCAUUUGACAGUGCUGAAAAAUAAUGUGCAAAGUAUCAGAUCAAUUCAGCUGUGUUGGAUCAAAGCCACAGUCUCUUCCUGGCAUAUUUUCCAUUGCUCUUUCUCUAAAUUUUGGUUCUUGACUCUUAAAGGCUGGGUUUGGUAUUAUGCUCAAAUGUUAAGUGGGAUUUAGCAGAAGCAUUAUUGGAACACAAGUCUCUUGUGUGAUCCAUGUGAUAAACCGUACCUUUAAUAAUGUUCUUAAAGGCCAAUUCAGCAACAAAAGUGUCUUUCUUAUAGUUUCGCAGCACAGCUUAGGAAAUGCUGUUUCUUUUUUUUUAAGAUAUCGCUGAUUGUUCUAAGUCUUGUUUACACUGAGUGGAUUGUUUGUGUGCAGUCAAAAUAAUUGAAGUGAAGAGUGAUUUUAUUUUUCUCUAGUUAUCAGGGAAUUCAUUUUUCUAACAAGUCAGCCAUUAUGUGACAAUUCUUAAUUUUCAGCUUAAAAGUAAUAUUUCCAUCUGAAUAUCAAGAUGAAUUUUAAAAGUAGAACUUACAAAAGUUCUGAAUUUUAAUAGGUUAUGUUAUACAGAUAAGAUUUUUAAAAAUUCAUUAUUUCUCUUAAUUCCAGAAACACUUAACAAGAACCAGUAAGACACUCCCAUUCUUUUGAUAAAUGAAGGUCUGGGUCAAGUGCCAAAUUUUCCCUACACAUUAUUGAGGUAUAGCUUUGCAACAGCUCUGUUUAAAAAGAGAAACUGAGACUAAUUUGUUCCAGUUACUGUCCAUAUCUUCACUUACAAUGUUUUUUUGGUUGUAAGUUCCUUUUGUGAUAUUUCAGUUUCUCUUUAAAGAGAAUUGUUGUGGAGUGGGCUGAUUGCUUUCCCUUAUCAGCCUAAUUUUACAAGUUUUGAAGAAAUUUGCCCUUCCCAUUUAUAAUUUUAUAAACCUGUAUGAUAAUUUGUUAAACCUUUAUAGCUGGCAAAGCAUAUUUUCUCAUAAAUUGCACCCAUUUACAAUGGAUUGGUAUAAGACAGAAUUUUAUAAGUUCAAUAUGUAAACCAACUAUUCGCCAACAAUGGAUGUCAUUAUGAUCCAUUUGAUCUUUUUCCUCCUUUCAUUUAACAACCAACAGUAAGUAUCUUGUUAAAGGCUAACAAAUAGUUAUUCUGCACUUUGACUUCUGACAGUACCUCAAGAGGUGGUAGAAAUGGAGGCUCCACAGGCUUAAUAUUAAUUUUACAAUAUUUGUAGCAAGAACAGUUGAUCCAUUUACCAAAAAAUCCCUACUAAACUUUGAGGGAUUAAACCACUUUUGGUCCCAUGUACUCUGGUGCUUCAGUUAAACAUUUUGUUAAUCCCUUUUAUAAAAUAAAAAAAAUAAAUUUUCAGUGUGAAAUAUUGCUAAAAUUUGUAAAUAACACUUUUAUACUUGAAUGUUUUUAAGUAAUUGCAAAUGUUUAUAAUCAGUAUCCUAUUUUUAUAUGAAUAUGUUAAUAAAA